UGGCUAUUCGUGUUUCCUGUUGCGUACGUGAGUAACCGUAACGCGUGGCGUGGUGUGAAAAGGCUUUAUAAAUUUGACAAAAUUCAUAUCUCUGCUUAAUUAUUAAUUUCUUAUGAUUGUGUUUUGCUACGUGAUCAACAUUUAGACCCAUAAUACAUAGCAAUUUUAAUAAAAUAUAUUUAGAAUACGGGAAUCUAAUGAUCGUGUCGUUAAAAAAUGGUGCAUUUACUAUAUGACAUUGCCUGUUGCAUUUCAGUAUUAUUUACUUAUUUAUGUCUUGCCGAAGCGAAUUAUGAGUUUUAUCCGUACUUGGAGCGUGGAACAAGUUAUUCGGGCAAGAACAAAUCUGACUAUGGUAUUGAAUGGAAUCCUCAAUGGCCCAAGAAUAUCGAAUAUAUGGGCCAGUUAUCAGCAGUCUCUAUAGAUCCAAAUGGAAACGUUGCGAUAUUUCAUAGAGGAUCCAGAGUAUGGGGCUCGACUACAUUUAAUAUUCAAAAUAUAUUUAAUAAAGAAGAAGGCCCAAUUCGGGAAAACACCGUAGUUUUGUUAAAUAAAGUUGGAGAAAGGAUAUUAGAAUGGGGUGCAUACAAAUUUUAUUUACCGCAUGGUUUGACGAUAGACAUGCAUGGAAAUUAUUGGAUUACCGAUGUAGCUCUACAUCAGGUACUUAAAUUUGAUGCUAAAGAUAUAGAAAUGAUGAAAGAUUUACCAAGUUCGAGAAAAAGACAAUACAAUCAAGAAAAGCAUUUAAGACCUUCGUUGAUUCUUGGAGAAGCUUUUGUGCCUGGUAAUGAUGAUAAACGGUUUUGCAAACCAACAGCAGUUGCUGUAGAAAAUAAUGGUGACUUUUUUGUUAGCGAUGGUUACUGUAAUGCUAGAAUUCUGAAAUUCAAUGCUAAAGGAGAAAGAAUUCUACACUGGGGCCGCGAAAGCAUAUAUGGACAAACUCCUCUACAAAAUACAUUUAACGUACCCCAUGCUUUAGCACUUGCCAGUGAACUGAACUUACUUUUUGUUGCUGAUAGAGAAAAUGGCAGAAUUGUAUCUUUUUAUGCAACUAAUGGAACUUUCCACAAAGAGUACAAGAAUCCUAACAUUAUUGGUCCAUAUAUAUAUAGCGUAGCAUAUGCCAAAGAAAAACUUCAUUUGAUUAAUGGUCCUACUACACGUUCCAAUAUACGUGUCCGAGGAAUUGUUCUGGAUGUAAAUUCAGGAGAUAUAUUAUACAAAUUUGGUCCAAGACUAGAUAUGAAUAGUCCACAUGAUAUAGCUGUAUCUGAGAAUGGUACAGAAAUAUAUGUUGUGGAAUUAAAUAGAUAUAUUCCUUACAGAUUUUCACUGAAAUUACGAUCUGAAUUGCUGUCACCUUUAGCCUUAUCUAUUCUUGAAAACAUGAAUGGAGUUGUUACAACAGAAAAAAUAGUCAUAACUGUUAUUGUUCUAGCAGCCGUUGUUCUUGGCUUCUGUAUGGUAGUACUUGCACUUUUUUUGAGGGCUCAAGAACCAGAUGAUGAGAAGAUGUUUGUUAAUAAAACGAAUGCGCUGGGUGGCCGAGAGGCGUGAAAACUAUAAACUCCUAAAUCUCUUGGAAAACAGAAGAGGCAAGUGUUUCAAGACAACGGAGAAACGACCAAAUCCGCGAGAUUUUAAUAAAUUGAACAGGGAACCAGAAGCCUCGGAGGAUGAAUAUCCGGAUAAUAGUUUUACGAGAAUCAUUUAAUAGCGUUUAAAAUUUUUAACGUAUCAAGCAUAUGAUUUCAACGACGUACGUCUAUUUUAAAAAAACGUGCAGUCUUACCUUCCAAUUUAAGCUUUUUACAUGUAGAUUUGAAUCUGGAUCUCCAUGAUGCUAAUUUUACGAACUAUGAUGUUCAAGUUGCGAGAUCUUCCAAUUAAUGCCUCACGAUUGUUGCCUUUUCACAUAAGGUCACUUAUUAUCACUCACUGAGUUAAGUAUACGUGAUUGUUUUUAUUAUAUUGUUUAAGAAAGUAUCGAAUUCGUUACUUAAGACUUUGUCGUUGACCGGUACCGACUCCCGCCACUACGCAUUAACUAAAUCCAACUGAAAUUAUGACAGCCCAAAGUAGACAACCGCGCGAUUAUUCGAAUCUGCUAUAUCCCUAGCAUGGGGAUAAUCGUGUAUUACAGUCUACUCGAUUCGAUUUUAUAGACAUUAUUAUUCCUGCGUGUUUUAGAUAAUAAUUACACUCGAAGAAGUAUUAAAACGUUUCUCCCAUAUUUGAGAAACGAGAUAUAUUGAAAUACGAUAUAUAUGUGUGUGUUAUCAAUAUUCGAACCAAACCGCGCUUAUACUUUAUCGAAUAUUCAAUUUGAUAGAUAUCUAUAUUGUCUUUCACUACUGUGCAAUUCGUGUUUCCAAAGAACUGCCGAUAUUUUAGAUUUUGUAUUUCUUUUUAGGAGAUUUAUUUGAUUUAGUUUAAUAUUUACACUAGCUUUUACAUUAAUUUAUAAUAAUAAAUUUUGUAAAUGGUAAAAAUAAGAGUUGAAAUUUUCCUAUAAAGAUAUGUAAGAGACGAGGUGCUAUUUGAAGCUUUAAAGAUUAAAGAUUUUAUUGUUAUCUUGAACACAUUUGAUAUUGUGACAAACUAUUUUUUAUAAUGUUAGAAUUAACAGCCAAUACAUAACAAAUGCAAAAUAUCCUGUUUAUGCAAAAUAGGGUAAAAGAUCAAUAUAUAUAAUGUAUGUUCAAAAUUUAUAUAAAUAAUUAACUUAAAAAAUAUUUAUCGCAACAUUAUAACAUACCUGAUAAUGAUGGCCUUGCAAAUAACACCUAAAAAGUGACCAAACUUAAGUUGUACGUAUUAAAUGUCAAUAACUAUAUAUAUUUACAAAUUAUACUAUUAUGUAACUAUACAUUACAAAUUAUUGACAUAUCCCUUUAAAAAAGGUAUACGAAAAACGGUAUAAAUAUAUAAUUAUUUUAA